AAAUUUAUAAGUGUGGUAAUAGGUGGCCUUUUCUGCAGCUAAACUCACAAUCAAAAUGGCCUUUACUGGUACGAUGGGAUAUGAAUCGUCUGCGGCGUUCGCUCUUCCGCACCCACCGUACGAAGUCAAAGAUUCGUCGAUCUCCCAAGAUGUGAUUAUUCCGCAGUCGUAUACAACGUUUCAACCCCACCCCAACAUUGAACAACAGCAGUUGCCUGCCACGCAAACCAUUUGGACCCCGUGCACCUCAAGCAGUCCCCCAAGCCAGUACAAAUACCAGUACAGUGCAUGGCCGACCUCGCCUUCUCUAAACUUCAACCUCCCAGUAAGCUUCCCCCAUCACGCCCUGCAUUCGUCGCAUCAGCAUUUCUUCCCGUACACUGCGUUGCAGCAUCCUCAGGCCGAAGUACGCGUCGACCUCACCUGUAAAUGGACCAAGCCACUAACAAAUUUGUACGAGAACGCAGACGCUUGCCAGCAGUACCCCAAGGUCGACAACCAGCAUAUCAACGGCGAGCCCUGUAAUUUGAUUUUUCACAGUAUGCUCGACCUCGUCACACAUGUCGGUCGGGACCACGUCGGCGGCCCCGAGCACACCGACCAUGCUUGCUACUGGCAGGAUUGCGCUCGGGAGUGCAAACCGUUCAAGGCAAAAUACAAACUAAUCAACCAUAUCCGUGUCCACACAGGAGAAAAGCCGUUUCAGUGUCCUUACAUGGGCUGCGGAAAGGUCUUUGCUCGAAGCGAAAACCUGAAGAUUCAUAAACGAACUCACACUGGCGAAAAGCCAUUCAGUUGCGAAUUCUCGGGUUGCAAUCGUCGAUUUGCGAACAGUUCCGAUCGGAAGAAACACACGCACGUCCAUACAACUGACAAGCCGUAUCUGUGCAAGGUUAACGGUUGUGACAAAAGCUAUACUCACCCAAGCUCUCUCCGCAAGCACAUGAAGGUGCACGAGUCCUCUGGUGACAUCAUAUGCGACCAGGAUAUGACGUCAGCAGUUACGUCAAUCUCCUCCAUUCUGGCGCCGGAUAGCAACAACAAUAUCUCUCACGGGGAAGCGUCAUCACCGGAGCACAAAAUUCGCGAUCAAGUCACAUCACUCUCGCCUCCGGCUCUUUCGCCAUCUUCCAUCGGAAGCGAGGCAAUGUCUUCUCCUGCAUCCACAUGCGACGACAGAGGUCCUCUUCUUCCGAUAUCGGAGGUCUCGCCAUUCCGUUACUCUGGCCAUUCAACACAAAGAGAAGUGCAGAAACAUGAUACCGCGGAACCCUAUGCUGUGCUACCACAUACCCCUGUCAAUAACUGGCAGUUCCCUGUGAGCCAAGAUCAGCAGAUUAUAACAUACGUCGCAAACGAAAAAUCAUUUCAUCCCACCAGCGCCAACGUUGAGCCAGCCUACACCCACUUCUCACAAGGCGCCCAGCAGCCGUAUUACCCCAGUAUGCACCAAAUUCAGAACACUUACGGUCACUUUAGCACCUCCACCAGUUCGUUUCACCCGUUUUCACAUCACACAUCGAACACACCUGCUGUCUUCGGCCCCGAGACAGUAUUUUAGGGCACGCUGCAUGAUUUUUUUCUGUGGGUUUUAGUUUUUAUUUCACUUCAACCAUUCUUUUAGUUUUGGAGGGCCGCCAUUUUGUUUACGCACGUCGUCUCGCACAUUCCCACCCACACAAUUUUAUAACAUGUAUUUGAAGAGCCAAUAUAUAUGUGUGUGUAUAUAUUUGGUUAUAAACUUGCCUUCUCUGCACUUUUUCUUUCCGUUUUGUUUUCCCGGCAUCCCAAGCAGUGCCUUACACAAGUCGUGGCUUACUUUGUAACAAGCUGAACGGCAUUUUGUCAUUCGCACCUGUGUUAUUUUUCACCUGAUUUUUUUUCGCAAUAUCGUGCCUUCAUUCUUAAAUUUUAUGUUACUUGUACCGUUUGAAGUGAUUUUAUAUUCUUUUACACGAUUUUCCACUCAGUAACGAUUUCUAAUUGUGCUAAAAUAAUAAUAUACGCUACGACGUACUAAGUUAUAAUUUCGUUGUAUUUCCGUUCGCAAACAAGUUUAUAAGUAAAUAAACGUAAAAUUA